AUGCAGAAAACAUAUUGUGACAGCAUGCCGGCUUACCAAGGAUAUUACCCACAUGAUAAUGGUUAUAAGUAUGAGAAUGCUUACGCUACUUACGGCACGAUGGGACCAGAUUCUGCCGCUGGCUAUUACCGUCCCACUAGUUGCGCAGUUCAACCUCCUAUGUCACAGAAUGGUGACCAGUGUCCAACCCUUACGGAAUACAACGAUGGAUACACCAAUUCAUGUAUGCAGAGUAAUCCACUAGCUUGUCAUCCAGGAUCGAAUAACCUUCAGGAACCAGGACAUAAUGGAAAGGGACAAGGUGUGUUUCCUUGGAUGAAAGAUUCUCGUCAUAACAGUAAACAGAGACCAACUGCUACAACUACUCAAACAGUUGAACCAGCCAAGAGAGCCCGAACAGCCUACACUAGCGCUCAGUUGGUAGAAUUAGAGAAAGAAUUUCAUUUUAACCGUUAUUUGUGUCGACCUCGACGAAUUGAAAUGGCAGCACUACUCAAUCUUUCAGAACGUCAA